CCGAUGACAAUGCUUCCCACCUCCACCAGCGACCACGGUUCCCACCUCCACCACCAGAAUCCAACCCCAGCGCUCCCUACCACCGGCGAACACCACCACCACCGACUUCUGGGCAGUCCGACGUUGCCCCACCACGAAGAUAAUUGGACAUGUGGGGAGCAGGACACUGCCAGCCCGAUACGUUACUUAGCAUCACUCUAUCCAAGCAGGACCUGCAGGACCUGCCUACAUGCAGCCGAACUCCCAAAAUUUGUUGACGAUGGGUUAUUGUUUUUGACUAAUGGAAAUGGACAUAGGCAUAUUAGAAUGUCAAAUUGGUUGUUUACGGGUGCACCGCACGAUGUUUUAGUUACACAGUGCGACGUAUUCGAGUCGUCGUGCAGUGUUUCACAUGAUAUUGGCGAACUGCUGUAA